GAUAUCUGUAAAAUCUUCUUCUUUUCUUUUCGUCGCUUACCUAUCCCUACUGUUCUUUCUAGCCGAAUUUGGAAAUGUUCUCUCUUACUGCUGGACUACUGCUUAUUGCAGGCGUCACGGCCUUUCCCGGCAACAGCCUUCACAGCCAUGGAUUGGCAUCAAGAGAUACAAACCAACCAGACCCAGUUCCUGGCCAGUCACCUUUAUUUGCAACAUAUCUAGGAAAACAAACGCCACUACAAGCCAAAUACCUCAAAGCCAUCCCUGCCACACAAAAAAGUGGCAGAAACAGCUCCUCUGGCCAAUUCAACGACGACAAUCUCUUCCAAAACUUGCUCAGUGCAGAGUGGGCAAUCUACAGUUUUUAUCAGCAAGGGGUUGAUGCCUUUUCGACUCAAGAUUUCACCAAGCUAGGCCUACCAAAUACCACUUACGAACGUAUUCAACAAAUCCGAGAUAAUGAAGCUGGCCACGUACGCAUUUUUCAAGACCAUAUUUCCAGCUUCUCUCUCAAGCCGGGACCUUGCAAGUACGACUUUCGGUUUGGCGAAAACGCUGAAUCGUAUUUGGCAAUGCAGGUCUUACUCGAGCUUUCAAGCAUGUCUUUUCUCACUGGACUCAUCCAACAAGCUAAAUUAAAUUCGACCAAAGCCGCGCUUGUUGCUAUUGCAGAGACCGAGUCUCGACACAAUGCCUGGGCACUGAUUGACGUGUGGAACUCCAAUCCCUUUGCUGGUCCAUCUGACACAAUCUAUCCAUAUGCAAAUCAAAUCCUCGAUUCCACCAACGCUUUCAUAGUUCCUAGGACCUGUCCGAAAGAAAACCCUCCUUAUCCGUUCCCCAACCAGCAUAUUCCAACACUAGACUUCGUACGCAACACAACAACGGGGCGACCCGGUGCAGCUAUUCAGUUCACCUUCCCUGAUCAGACCAACCAGCCGCAUUUUGAAUAUGGGAAAGAAUAUCAUGCUGUUUUCUUCCACGGUGUGAAUAACAUAACUGUUCCAUUUGACACUACGAAACAUACAUCUCGUAUUCCGAAGGAAUUCGACCAGGCCACUGGCUUAAUUCUUGCGGUCAUUGCUUCCGAGCCAGGGGCUCCAAUGGAGGAAUUCGUUGUGGCCGGGCCCCUCGUUUUGUUACAACAGCCUGAAGGAUUGACCUUGCUUGUAUGAUUUAGUCAUCUUUGAUGUACACGUAUGUAUAUUAAUUUACACCCCAGUUCUUAGAAUUCUUUACCCAUUCUCAUGCCAAAGUCCAAGAUCAAUUGUCUGUAUAUGUGCAUGCAGUUGUAUUGGUCUUCACUUCGAGAUGUAUCUGUUCU